AUUCGACGAACGACGAAAUAUUUGCACGAAACGGAAACGAAUGCAAAAUGGUUAUAUUAGAUUAGACAGCCUUUCAAUAUAAAUUGUUUAUUAAGAAAGGCAAAUACUUGAUUACAACGGAAUUUGUUACAUUUAGUUAUUUAUGCAAAAUCUAGUAAAAAAAGUUUCGUUUCAUUUACUGACAUUUUAAUUCUAAUUACUCAGCUACGAUGGGUGAUAAUUUUCAAAACAAAACCAUGGCUCCGGUGAUGAUGGACUAUGAUUUCAAAGUGAAGACUCAAAAUGAACGUUCAAAGGUCGAAGAUCUUUUUGACUUUGAGGGAUGUAAAGUCGGUCGGGGUACCUAUGGUCACGUAUACAAGGCUAGGCGGAAAGACGGCUCCGAUACCAAGGAUUAUGCUCUGAAACAAAUUGAAGGAACUGGGCUAUCUAUGUCUGCUUGCAGAGAAAUAGCGCUACUAAGAGAACUCAAACACCCAAAUGUAAUAAACCUCAUUCGAGUAUUCCUUUCUCACACUGACCGCAAAGUUUGGUUGCUAUUUGACUAUGCUGAACAUGAUCUAUGGCACAUUAUCAAGUUCCAUAGAGCGGCUAAAGCUAACAAGAAGUCUGUAAUGGUGCCAAAAGGCAUGGUGAAGAGUCUUCUCUAUCAGAUUUUGGAUGGGAUACAUUAUUUACAUUCUAAUUGGGUAUUGCACAGGGAUUUGAAACCUGCAAACAUUCUGGUAAUGGGUGAAGGACCAGAGAGGGGCAGGGUUAAGAUAGCAGACAUGGGUUUUGCAAGGCUGUUCAAUGCUCCACUGAAACCAUUAGCUGACUUAGAUCCUGUUGUAGUCACAUUCUGGUACAGAGCUCCUGAACUGUUGCUUGGUGCAAGACAUUAUACUAAAGCUAUUGAUAUUUGGGCAAUAGGCUGCAUAUUUGCAGAAUUAUUGACUUCCGAGCCCAUAUUCCACUGUCGGCAAGAAGACAUCAAGACUAGCAAUCCAUACCAUCAUGACCAACUGGACAGGAUAUUCAAUGUCAUGGGCUUCCCUCAGGAAAAAGAUUGGGAAGAUAUCAGGAAAAUGCCGGAACAUGCCACUUUAGUCAAAGAUUUUAAGAGAUCAAACUAUCAGAACUGUUCUCUAAGUAAAUACAUGGACAGGCACAAAAUAAAACCAGAUAGCAAAGCAUUUAGUUUACUACAGAGGUUGUUGCUCAUGGACCCUAACCGGAGAAUCACAUCAGAACAGGCUAUGCAGGACCCUUACUUUACUGAAGAUCCACUGCCAACACAGGAUGUUUUUGCUGGGUGUCCCAUCCCUUAUCCGAAGAGAGAAUUCUUGACCGAUGACGACCAAGAAGAUAAAAGCGACUCCAAAGCUCGCCAAAAUCAACAGCAGCAACAACCGAAUACACAACAGAAUCAAGUGCAAGCAAACAGUCAUGAUCACGGAGCGAACAACGCGAAGAGGAUGAGAAUGUCAGGUACAUUAUACCGACCGAAUCAAGGUAACAACGCGGGCGGCGGAGGACAGCAAGAAUUCCAUCAACAACAACAGAUGAUGUUUGGUGGCCAACAACAAGGCGGGAGUUCCCAACAACAAGGCAACUUUCAACAGAGGUUUUAACGUACAAACAACGCAUUUGACUAAGUAUUUAAGCCAUUCAAAUGUAUGUAGCAUAGCAAAAUGUUUGUAAAAGACUGACAUUUAGUAUUCUCAUCUUUUUCUCCGUUAAUGCAUUAUUUGAGUAUAGUACCAAAAGUAUGCAUUAAAAUAAUAUUUAUCGAUAUUAAACUGAUAUCAUACAGACAAAAUGAAUAUUAAUUUUAUGAUUUAGUUAUUGGCAUUCAAGCAAAUUAUAGGUGUAGUUUUUUUGUAUGUAUUCGAAUUUACUUCGUAUAACUAAGCGAAUAGGGCUGGGCCUAAUCGACAAAUAUAUCGAUGAUCUGAGUUAAUUGAAUAAUAUCAUCAUAAACACCUUUCACAAAACCAUUUUGACAGUAUAAACAAAUGACUAU